UGCCCGCCAGCUCCACCCGGACCCCGGCAGACAAAAGAGGCGGCGGAGCGCGGAGCGGAGCGCGGCGAUGGCGGGGCGCGGAGGCCGGGCGCUGCUGGCGCUGUGCGCGGCGCUGGCCGCCGGAGGCUGGCUGCUGGGGGCCGCAGCCCAGGAGCCCGGGGCGCCCGCGGCCGGCAUGCGGCGGCGCCGGCGGCUGCAGCAGGAGGACGGCAUCUCCUUCGAGUACCACCGCUACCCCGAGCUGCGCGAAGCGCUGGUGUCCGUGUGGCUGCAGUGCACCUCCAUCAGCCGGAUCUACACGGUGGGGCGCAGCUUCGAGGGCCGCGAGCUCCUGGUCCUCGAGCUGUCUGACAACCCGGGCGUCCACGAGCCUGGUGAGCCUGAAUUUAAAUACAUUGGGAAUAUGCAUGGCAACGAGGCAGUUGGACGGGAACUGCUCAUCUUCUUGGCCCAGUACCUGUGUAAUGAAUACCAGAAAGGGAACGAGACCAUUGUCAACCUGAUCCACAAUACUCGAAUUCAUAUCAUGCCUUCCCUGAACCCUGAUGGCUUCGAGAAGGCAGCCUCUCAGCCUGGUGAGCUCAAGGACUGGUUUGUGGGCAGAAGCAAUGCCCAGGGAAUAGAUCUGAACCGGAACUUCCCAGACCUGGAUAGGAUAGUGUAUGUCAAUGAGAAAGAAGGUGGCCCAAACAAUCAUCUGUUGAAAAAUCUGAAGAAAAUUGUGGAUCAAAAUGCAAAGCUUGCCCCCGAGACCAAGGCUGUCAUCCACUGGAUUAUGGACAUACCAUUUGUGCUUUCUGCCAACCUCCAUGGAGGAGACCUUGUGGCCAAUUACCCAUAUGACGAGACACGGAGUGGCAGCGCUCAUGAAUACAGCUCCUGCCCGGAUGACCCCAUUUUCCAGAGCUUGGCUCGGGCUUACUCUUCUUUCAACCCGGCCAUGUCUGACUCCAGUCGGCCCCCGUGCCGCAAGAACGACGACGACAGCAGCUUCGUGGCUGGGACGACCAACGGUGGUGCGUGGUACAGUGUGCCCGGCGGCAUGCAAGACUUCAAUUACCUAAGCAGCAACUGCUUUGAGAUCACCGUGGAGCUCAGCUGUGAGAAAUUCCCACCUGAGGAGACUCUGAAAAGCUACUGGGAGGAUAACAAAAACUCCCUUAUUAGCUACCUCGAGCAGACACACCGAGGAGUUAAAGGAUUUGUCCGAGACCUUCAAGGCAACCCGAUUGCCAAUGCCACCAUCUCCGUGGAUGGAAUAGACCAUGAUAUUACUUCUGCUAAGGAUGGUGAUUACUGGAGGUUGCUUGUACCUGGGAACUAUAAACUCACAGCCUCAGCUCCUGGUUAUCUGGCAAUAACAAAGAAAGUAGCAGUUCCUUACAGCCCUGCCAUUGGGGUUGAUUUUGAACUGGAGUCGUUCUCUGAAAGGAAAGAGGAGGAGAAGGAAGAACUGAUGGAGUGGUGGAAGAUGAUGUCAGAAACCUUAAACUUUUAAAAAGAGGCUUCUAAUAAGCUGUUCUAACCUAUCUAUAUAAUGUAGUAUGAUGCAAUGUGGCUAUUUUAUUUUAGGCUGUGUGCAGUUAAUAUUUAGCAUUGAUUUGUUUUUAAUCAUUUAUAUUGUAAUCAACAUUGCUUAAAUAGAUGCAGAUAACAAAUAUAGGAACUUGAUCUGUUUCAUUCUGGUAUGCAGAUUACAUUUCCUUUCAUGUGUCACACAAAGGAGUGGAGAAAAGUUUUCAAUAAUCUUGCCAUAUUAGUGCAGUAUUCUGGAUGAUGUUGACAAGAUAGAACUUCUUCAGUAAUUUUAGCUUUAAAAAGUUAGUGAAGGUUUUUUUUUUAAUUUUAUUUUUCAAUGUAAGUGGUGACCAUGUCAUGUAAUGAGUGCCAUUGAAAGAGUCAAUAAGUAUAGCUUGGGUUGUGAGCACUCCACCACAAGACUUCAGUAGCCCAGUCUCUCCUUUGUCUCGUGUGUAUCUGUAGAAGCAUGAUCCUGUUAAUGCAUUUCUGGCAGGAAGAAAAUGCCUGUAUUUACCAAGAGGUUUUAUGAACAGAAUGAAAAUCGAGUUCUUGCCCAUGCUGAUAGGAGUGAUGUUGUUAUAUUACUCAGCCCGUUAACACUUGCAGGAUGUAGGGCUUUGCCUUGAUUGUAGAUUGGUCCAGAGUUGCAUUCUGAAUGAAUAAAGGUUUAAAAAAAUCUCA